AUGGAGGAGGCCCUCUCAAACUCUCCAGCAAAUGGCGCAAUCCGCCUUCCAGACGACCCAGAAGAUCAUCCAGUAAAGACGAAAACAGCGCGUCUGCUGCAGUCUCACAAGUUUCACAACUUUAUACUUGCUCUCAUCGUUGUCGACUGUAUCAUCGUCGUCGCCGAGCUUUGCUGGAAGCUGUUAGAUGACUCAUGUACAAGGGGCGGAGUAGAGCAUCCUCCAGAGUGGCUAGAGUGGCUCCUCUAUGUCUCUAUGGUCAUUUCCGUUAUUUUCGUACUGGAACUACCACCAACUCUUUGGGUCUUUGGGUUUGAGUACUAUAACCCUUGGUCGGACGUCCCGCAUUCAACCUUUCAUCUCUUCGACGCCUUUAUUAUUCUGAUGAAUUUCACCAUUAUAUUCCUACAAGGACCAGCGCAAGAGAUUGUUGGGCUUCUUGUAAUCUUGCGUCUCUGGCGGUUGAUCAAACUCCUCGGCGGGGUCGCCACAGGCGUCGAGGGUCUCAACCGGGAACUCACAUACCGACUCGAAUCCCGCGAAAACGAGUUGAAGCAGAAAACCGCAGAGCUAGACGAAUGUAAACAAAAGUUGGACGAGCUCCAGCGAAAACUGGACGCUAGUCAACCAUAG